CCUGUUGGGCUCUCUUCGAAGCUGCCGGGACUAAAACGCGCAGGCGCAACAGCUUUGCUCCGGCCCCAGUGGAAACCACGCCCCUCCUCAAGUCUUAAAGGGCCAGUAGCAACUUCUAUUGCGUUCGCCUUUCGGCACUUUUGGGGAGGCAGGGUGCGCAGGCGCAGUGGGGUGCUUUGAGGUGGGGGUAGCGGUCGCGUAUCAAGUUGCUUUCUGUCCCGGCAGAAGAAACGAGGGCGCUCAGGAUCCAGAUACCAGCUUGUUCCCUCCUAUAUCAAUUGGACGAGAAAAGUUUGUGAAUUGGGCCCCCAAGUUUUGGGGGACCCGGACUUGCGGCGUGGGGUGACAGACGAGGCUCAUUAGAGCUUCCUCCAUGGAUCCCACCCAGCCAGCAGAGGACCUCAAUCUGACCCAACAGCUCCCCAUCCCAGAAUUUGGGGACCCUGAGGACCCCGGGGAUGAGGCCCCCGAUGGCUCAGACACUGUGGUGCUCAGUCUCUUCCCCUGCACUCUGGAGCCUGGGAAUCCUGAACCGGAUGCUGGUGCCUCCUCACCGCAGGGAGGCAGCUCCCUGAAGCACUCCACGACCCUCACCAACCGGCAGCGGGGGAACGAGGUUUCGGCCCUGCCGGCCACCCUGGACUCCCUGUCCAUCCACCAGCUCGCGGCCCAGGGGGAGCUGAGCCAGCUGAAGGAACAUCUGAGGAAAGGCGACAACCUCAUCAACAAGCCGGACGAGCAUGGCUUCACCCCCCUCAUCUGGGCCUCCGCCUUCGGAGAAAUCGAGACUGUCCGCUUCUUGCUCGAGUGGGGUGCAGACCCCCACAUCCUGGCCAAGGAGCGGGAAAGCGCCCUGUCACUGGCCAGCAUGGGCGGCUACACAGACAUUGUAGGGCUGCUGCUUGAGCGUGACGUGGACAUCAACAUCUACGACUGGAAUGGAGGGACGCCACUGCUGUACGCUGUGCGUGGGAACCACGUGAAGUGCGUAGAAGCUUUGUUAGCCCGAGGAGCUGAUCUCACCACGGAGGCUGACUCCGGCUAUACCCCAAUGGACCUUGCUGUGGCCCUGGGAUAUCGGAAAGUGCAACAGGUGAUUGAGAACCACAUCCUCAAACUCUUCCAGAGCAACCUGGUGCCCGCAGAUCCUGAGUGAAGGCUGCCUGCUGGGGACUCAGAUACUCAGGGAACAAAACAGUUGAUGCAGAGCUGGGGGAACCCAGAACUGGCUUCAAAGGCAGCUCCUGGACAGACCGUGGGAGGGGAUCCUUCCCAAGAGGAACCAAUAAACCUUCUGUGCAUAACUUGAA